UAACCACAGUAAGACAGGAUCUCUUAAUGCAGAGCUGUGAAUGACACUGGCAACAAGGAUUUGGUAUAAUACCAAGAUGGCCAUUUCACAGUUUCGACUUUUCAAGAUCUGCACUUGCAUUGCUUCCGUGCUAGCCUUCUUCAAGAGAUUAAUAUGCAGGUCUGGGAGAGGCAGGAAGCUAAGUGGGGAUCAAAUAACUUUACCAACUGCAGUGGAUUAUUCCUCUGUGCCUAAACAGGUGGAAGAGUGGAGCUCAUGGGAUGACGAAGCCCCCACCAGUGUUAAGAUUGAAGGUGGCGUGGAGCAGUUGGAACCAGAUUACUUCAAGGAUAUGGCACCAAAUAUCAGGAAAACCCAAAAAAUUGUUAUAAAGAAGAGGGAGCCUGCCAACUUUGGAAACAUGGAUUUCGCUGAUGGCAGUAUUGCAUUUUCCAGCAGACUGGCAGCAACACAGGACAUUCCAUUCAUUCAUCAGUCCGCAGAACUGGGAGAUUUAGAAACCUGGCAAGAAACUUCUAAUGCUUGGGAGGAAGAAGGCGAUGCAACCUGGCAAGCUGAGGAGGUGCUAAGGCAGCAGAAGAUGGCUGAAAGGGAAAAACGAAUGGCUGAGCAGCAGAGGAAGAAAAUGGAAAAAGAUGCCCAGAGACUAAUGAAAAAGGAGCAAACUAAAAUGGGAGUCAAGUUAUCCUAACGAGUAUUUUGCUACAGAGAGUGCAGAGACCGAUGCAUCGUUUCACAGGCUUCAGGACAUUUGUAGCAGAUGCCAUAGGGAAUCCUGGAAAAAAAAAAGAAAACUUUCUUUUUAAAAAAUUAAAAUUUUUGGGGUUUCUUUCGAGAAGCGGUGCUGGGAUUUCCGGGUGCGGUGACCCUUUAAGUUAUUUUUCAGAUACUGGGGCAGUUACAUCAUGACAAAUUCGCCUCCAGGGACUAAGCGCACAGAGAAUUCUAAACUUCAGAAAUAAAAGGGUGGAAAUAAUUCAGUGGUGGACAAUCUGCUGCUCUAUUUAUGCUUUCAAGAAAUAUUGAAUUAAUAAAGAAUUUUAAA